AUGUCGGGCAAAGGUGGUCACCGCGGCGGUCAAGGGAACCGCAGUGCUGGGAAUUGGGGCUCACAUGGAGCCACCUACAGCUAUGGCGCUCACAAUGCCGCUCACAACCCGUUCGAGGUGAAACUGCCGAGGUUCUUGAACUGGCUUGAGUACAAUGAGGUGGAUCAGUCAGAGAACUCGCUCAUCAUGGUGGACGAUCGGGAUGUGCGCAUGGUCUCGCCGUUCCAAUGUUGGCUGACACGGGAGAUCAUGGCCAACUCGGCAAGCUCCAUCAACGUCUUGACCGAGAGAGAUCAGGUCAUGCCACCCAACUCGGGCUUCCACCUUUCGCUGUUCGGGAACUACACCUUGGAUGGGAUCAAGGCGGUGAUCGGACACCUCAGCUACACUGAUGUCAAGGUGUACAACGGCAAUGAGAUCCUGUUUCACUGGAUCUUCAGGGGAUAUCGGGCAGACACUGAUCUGACCGUGCAGCAGCAGUUCGUCGAUGAGGUCCUGCUCAGGGAGUGGUCGUGGUCUCGCUUUGAGCUCCGGGUGUGCAAUCGAUCGUCGCAAGACGCCAUGGGCAACGAUGCAGAUCGUGUGGAGUUCAGGUUCAGAGACGCCAACACCAGGCUGGAUCUGAAGUGCCAGAGGACUGCAGUGCCAGGAACCUGGCUGACGGUCUCACACAUCUCCGGGCCAACCCUCAUCCAGACGAUCCAGAACGUUCGGCAAGCUCGUGCUCGAGUUGAAGGGCCGGAGCACACUGAACAGUUUGGUCAACUGGCAGCGGUGCAUGAGCAUUGGUUCAAUUGGGCGGUUGCGGAGAACGCUGAAGAUGUGGGGUGCCUGGUCGAUUUUAUUGGUGAUCUCGACGAGGGGAACUUCCACAUCACCGCUACGUCCAAGCUCUGGACCAGGGCGCCGGAGAUCGUGAACCCCAAGGCGAUCGCAGAAAUGCAGCAUCAAGAGGCAGGCCUAGCAGCUCCUUUUGGGCCGCCGGCGAUCACCGAGGGCGCUUGGAGGCACGUGGCUGAGCGGGUCGUAGUCACUCCAGCCAUUUUCGCAUCCCAGAUCCGGUCGAAGACUUUCAAUGAGACGUCGGCCACGAUCGAGGAGGUAGACAAUCUGCCCCCUGGAGAUCUUGAGCUCCCGACGGCGGCAAGUGGAGGGCGGCCAACAGAUGCCGCAGGAAUGGAGGUGGAGACCAAGAUCCCUGGUCGCUGGGGCUCGGGCGAUCCGAGUUCUGGCUGGCGCUGGAUGUCGAUGAAGGAGCGGAUGAUCAGAUCGCUCGGAUGCUGGGCGCAAUGGGGGGGGGAUCAGGAGGAUAGGGACGUGGUACUUCGACGGAUCGAGUUGGCACCUCUCCUGUUCAACCUGAUCCUUCAAUCACGCUCGAAGAUCAUGGGCGAGAUUGCCACCGACUUGGGGUAUGGUCAUGGAUCGGCCGUUCGACCACUAAGUGUGGUUGAGGUGCAGGCGGGAUCGCAUGCUCAGAUCAAUCGAUCCUUGCCUGGGGCAGAGAUCACUGCCGGCGAGCAAGCAGAGAUCCGUGAGCUGGUCUUCGGUGCAGGCGCGUUUCGCACGAUCCGUGUGAAUGUGCUCGCAUGGGAGCGAAUGGAGAAGUGGGCUGGCUCCCAAGGGCUGUCGGUCUACCCCCUCACCAACUCCGUUUUCUCCAAAUACUGCCUGCACCUCUCCAAUUCGAAGUGCGGCCCAUCAGUUCUGCCAGCAGUCGAAGUUCCGCUGCCCGUGGUUGCUGCUCUCGAAUACCUCGUGAAUGCUCUGAUACUGGAGGGCAAGAAGCCGGCGGCUCUCUUCGUGUGGUGGACGCUCAUCUUGAUCUAUGCGUCGCUCAGGUAUGGUCUGCCACCAUUGUCAGACCAAGCUGCAGAAUAG